CGGGGGGAUGGUUCGCGGGGGGAGGGAGCGUCAGUUCAUUGCAUACGGGCGGCACCUGGCGGAGGAAGGAGUCAGGAGGUGCAGCGCGGUGGUAGCUGGGGUUUUUAGACUGAAAGAUGUGGAGUGGGCUGUUGCCUCCUGAUAUGAAUGAAAGUGAUGUUGACUUGAGUUCUGAUGAUGGAGACCCAGUGGAUGGCCCUUUAUCUUGCUCCAAGGAAGAUAAAGGAGAUGAGGAUGUCAAAGGAGUUCAGGUUUCUGAUUUUCAGACAAAUAGACCUGAGAGUAUCAUUGAAAGUAAAUCCAUUCCUAUAGCAGUGGCAGAUGGAGAAAAUGAAUGUCAAGAAUGCCCUUCUGGAGUUUCUUUAAAAAUGUGGAAUAAAUUUCAGGAGCUGCAGAAGAAAAACUUUGAAAUGAAAGUCCAAACAAAUCAGGGAAACAGGGGAAAAAAGAGAAAACGUUACAGAAAAGAAAAACUGAAAAAGAGCAAAAAAGAAGUGAUUGAAAGUCAGCAAUCUUCAAAUGAAGGUCAAUGGAAGGAACUCUCACAAUACUUUGGAAUUAAUGAUAGGUUUGAAUCGCUUGUGAGCAACAGGGCUGCCCAAAAGUCUGGUCUUGAAGUCAGCAUAGACAAGUCUUUGACUGAAGGGGAUAUUGAGAGAGCUGAGGAACUGAGUAAUAGAUUAGCCACUCGUGAGCUCGGCGUGAAAAUUGCUAAAGCUGUUGCUUGUCGCAACUUUGUAAAAGCCAAGCAAGAUACGGAGGCUUCCCAAGAAGCUCGAAAGAAAAAGAAGCUUGCCUGGGGAUUUGAAGCGAAGAAAAGAUGGGAAACAAAAAGCAACAUGGGAUACAUGUAGUUCUGCCUUGAUCACAUCUGAAAGCAAAGCUGUUUAAAAUAUAAUUAUUGGGGGUUUAAUACAGUACAUCCUGCCUCUUUUAUGCUUGCAUAACUAAAACUUGAACAACUAAGCAAGGUUGAUAGUAGUUUAAAAAAAACUAAGCAAAACCUGUUUGUUUACUUAUUUCCCGUAAUUCUGUUAGAUUUCAAUAUCUUGUUUCAAAUUCCUGUUAAAAUUGUAGUGGGAAUAGAUAUUUUAUUAUUGCACAUAGAAACUUAACAUUCCACUCAUUCUCCCAAAUGGAGAAAAUUCUGUAUAACACAUCUCAGGUCUGAAGAAUUGUGGAGCCUGGUCAAGAUUCCCAUAAAUCUGGACCCAAAUAUUAGGUGGUUAUGACUUUUUUUUUAAUGAUAAAAUAUUCAUGUCAGUGAUCCAUGGGUGUGGGUAAAGGGACAGGUUCUUCGUUUUAAAAAAAAAAUCAAUAUCUUAUCAAUUAUACAUCUGAUCUACUAAGUAGUACAGAUCUUAUCACAGUAUUGUUUUGAGGCUGCUCUUUGAACCAUUUGGAUACAAGAUAUUAGUUGAUUGAGUUGAAGGUAUACCAUGAAAUGCCUAAAGAAUACCAGAAUAUUGACUUUUGUGACCUUACCCAAUGCUCCUUUUAUUUAGUUGUAUUAAGUAUGAAAAUAAUUUUAAAUUAAGCUAUUGUCUAUACUACUAAAAGUAUCUUGUCUUUGUAUUAUUUAUUUAUGUGGCUAGAUGAAUCGCAACAGAAAAUUUUAGUCUGAGAGUUCGUGAAGUGCAAUGCUUAGAUUCAUUGGGUGGAUCUAGUAUGCCCCAUGUCCUGGAACCACCAUCUUGAAGACCCUUCCAGUUUAUCCUUCCCCACUUACUUCACAUGUGUUCAAGUUUCAAUAUCCCUAUCUUGUCAAUUGGACAAAAUGUAGAAAUAUUAAUCUUGAAAAUAUCUAAAAUCUGUUAUGUUGUGGAGUUGAUCAACUUACACUCGAAUAUCAAAUGCAAAUUUUAUUCAGUGCCAGAUGUUUUAUAAAAUAAUUAUUCUUUGAAUGCUUAUGUUGUAAGUAACAAGAAUUGUUAAUAAUGUUUUCUCAAAAUCAUUCACAGUGAAAAGUAAGGACACAUUCAAGAUUAGCAAUAACUUUUUUCCCUGAAGCCUUUGCAUAUAUGUUUAGUCAUCAAAAUGCCUGAAAUGAAUUGGGAAUGUAAACGUCAGUUGUUGUUAAACAAGAUUAAUAUGUUUCAGGCCAAAGGUUUGGUAUUAACAUAAUGGUGAUUUACUAUUUAAGAACUUCAGGCUAAAACAACUUGCCAAAGAAUAGUACUUUGAAGGUUUACGGCACCAAUUCUAAGACCUAAGGUUUGUAGUCUAACAUGGAAUAGGGCAUUUUUUGGUAGCCCUCGGGAUGUUGGAUAUAUUUUUUUUCUUCCCCCCCAGCAGAACAUUGUACUUUCAUAAAGAUGAGAGUUUGCAAUAUGGUAAUCCUAGAGUUAGCUGUAAUUAUUUAUGAUGACAGAGUUAAAGACAACUGCCAAGACUAUAAACCAGUGAGUAAACAGGUUUCUGAAACAGAACAUCAUAAAAUUCAAACUGUAUUUUAAAUACAUGUACCUUUUUUGGAAGAGCCAUUGGCAUGGGGAAAGGAAGCAAGUGGUAUGUAGUCCUCAUAUUAUUUACUUUAUAUAUGCAUUAAAUUUACAAAUACAUAAUGUAUUGUGUGUGUAUGUAUCUGUAUUUUUCCCACAUGGAAUAACAUUACAUUUAAGACAUUUAUGGCUUAUGAAAAUGGGAAAAUGCCAUAGUUGUUCCUUGGCACACCUAGAAAAAUACUAUAUAAAGAAUUUUUUUCUGAAUUUCAAAUAUACCAGAAUUCUACAAAACUUCCUAUCUGAAAAUUCAGGUGGAAUCAUUUUUACUGUGUAUAGCUUGUUUAUUUUUUUAAACAGAUGGUAAAUAAAUGUUAGGAAAAAGAUGGCCUUUUUAUGUGCUAUACACUGAAAAAAACCAAAUGAUGCUAAUUAUCCUGUGCCCUGAAAACAGAUUAAUAUGAUACAUGUUUUGGUACUUUAAUAAAAUUACCUCUUUUAAUAACUGAAAAAGAAAUGGUGUAAACUUCAGCUUAAUAGUAACUGAUCUAGUUAAUAAAUUGUUGAUAUAUGUGCAUCACA